ACUCGUUUGUGCUCGCUCAUCAGAAAUAGAUUAGACCCCGCUUGUCUGAACAAGCUCAUGAUGAUUCUGCUGAAUCUGAUUGGCCGUUCUUGAUUUGAAUACCCAGCUUGAUCUUAUGUUGGAGUUCAUUUUUUAAUCGCUUUUUAUGUUUCCAGAAUAUCGAGUUGCGACUCUCUUCCUCUGCUUUAGUUUGAACUUCACCCAAGCUUAGAGCUUUCUUGGAUCGCAACGUUCAUGAUGAGAGAGGAGAACCCAUUGGAGAACCCCGCGAAGGUCCUGCGAUUUGCCGACCAGAAUCAGAUGCCGAGGGCUCAAAACGCCAGGGGGAAUGGCCAUUCUUCGAAACUUCGGUCUGCCUCUUCGUGGGGUUCGCACAUAGUGAAAGGUCUCACUGCUGACAAGAAAACCAAGGUCUUGACCACCACUGUUCAUACGAAAAAAGUGCCUCUCUCAGGCUCCGACGUCUCCAACCAGAAGAAUCAGAGCUCGGUCUCACAUUCUCGGGUCAAACGGUCUCUGAUCGGUGACUUGUCCUGCUCGUCGAAUUCGGCUCAGGUCUAUCCGCAGCUGCAUCAGACUCACCGCAGGCAGGGCUCGCGCGACCUGUUCCUUGAAUUGGACCAACUGAGGGGCUUGCUUCAAGAGUCCAAGGAAAGGGAGUUCAAGCUUCAGGCAGAGUUGACAGAGUGUAAGAGGAACCCAAGGGUAUUGGACCUCGAAAGGGAAGUGGAAGUGAAGAAGAGCGAAAUUGAUGAGUUUAGGAGGAGAGUUGAGUUGUUGGAGUGUGAGAAACGAAACUUAUCGGGGCAACUGUCGUCAGUUCCUGUGGAAGAGGCUUUGAGGCGAGAGGACCGCGAGAGUUCAGCCAUUUUGUCAUGUCCGCAUGAUCUGGGAAUGGAAGUUUUGGAACUGAGACGGUUGAAUAAGGAAUUGCAGCUUCAGAAGAGGAGUCUUGCUUGUAGGCUUUCCACUGUGGAAUCUCAGCUGGCUACCCUUGCUAAGGGUUCAGAGAGUGACAUAGUGGCAAAGAUUAAAGCAGAGGCUUCUUUACUUAGACAUACAAACGAAGACCUGUGUAAACAAGUGGAAGGUUUACAAAUGAGUCGGUUAAAUGAAGUUGAGGAAUUAGCCUAUUUGAGAUGGGUAAAUUCCUGUUUACGAAACGAGCUGCGCAACACUGGGGCAGAGGUUAUUUCUGAUAGAGCAUCAAGCCCGGACUCCGGUGAAACAGAUAACGAUUCUAUAAGCUCAUUAUCAUGUCAAAGCAGUGAGUCUAUAGAGUACAGUAAUGCCAGAAGGGUGAGUAUAAUAAAAAAGUUGAAGAAAUGGCCUCUUACUGAUGAGGACUUGUCAAAUCGGGAGUGCCCUGCUAACAAUUUACAAGAAAAUUGGUUCCCCUUGGAAGAAGAAAGAAGCCCCAGAAGGCAUUCCAUAAGUGGGCUGAAAUGCAGUGCAGAAGAUAUUGUGCUGACCAAGAGGAGGCAAUCUGAUGGGUUCAUGUGCUCAAAAGAAAAUGAAAAGGGCAUGGAGCCACUUAUGCCGACAAUAUGUGAAUGGGGUCUCUCACAAAGACCACAGUUGUAUACAAAUUGUCAAGAAACAAGUAAAUUAGUUGUUCCUUUUGAAGUUGAGAAAAGGACUUUGCGUAUUCCAAAUCCCCCGCCAAGGCCUUCGUGUACUUUUUCCACUGAAUCUAAGAAAGAUUGCACUGUCCCAAUUCCAGUGCCUCCACCGCCUCCGCCUCCGCCACUGCCGUCCAAGUUAUUUGGUAAAGGAACUGCUGGAACAGUGAAGCGGGCUCCUCAAGUAGUUGAGUUUUACCAUUCACUAAUGAAGAGAGAUUCCAGGAAGGAUUCUUUGAGUGGAGGAGCCUGUGAUGCUUCAGAUGUUGCAAAUGUUCGCAGCAGCAUGAUUGGAGAAAUCGAAAACCGUUCCUCACAUUUGCUUGCUAUAAAGGCAGACGUGGAGAUCCAAGGAGAAUUUGUCAAUUCUUUGAUAAGAGAGGUGAAUAAUGCAGUUUAUAAGAACAUUGAAGACGUUGUGGCCUUUGUGAAGUGGCUUGACGAUGAGCUUUGCUUUCUUGUUGAUGAGAGGGCUGUUCUAAAGCAUUUUGAUUGGCCUGAGAAGAAAGCUGAUACAUUAAGAGAAGCAGCCUUUGGCUACAGAGACCUCAAGAAGCUGGAGUCAGAAGUGUGUCAUUACAAAGAUGACUUGCGGAUCCCAUGUGAUGUUGCAUUGAAGAAAAUGGUUAAUAUGUCUGAGAAGAUGGAGCGUACUAUUUACAACCUUCUCCGAACACGAGAGUUUUUGAUGCGGAAUUGCAAGGAAUGUCAAAUUCCAGUUGACUGGAUGCUGGACAAUGGAAUCAUAUCCAAGAUAAAGAUUGGCUCGGUCAAGUUGGCUCAGAAGUACAUGAAGAGAGUGGCCAUGGAACUUCAGCUUAAGGCUACAGCUGAUAAAGAUCCUGCAAUGGACUACAUGCUACUCCAAGGAGUGAGAUUUGCUUUCAGAAUUCAUCAGUUUGCAGGCGGAUUUGAUUCGGAGACAAUGCAAGCAUUCGAGGAGCUCCGCAACCUUGCCAACUUACUGAACAAGAAGUGAAAAGGGGGCUGGAUGAUGAGGGCGCAUUAUGCACCGGAUCGCUGUAUGCAAAAGGACUCCAUACAUGGGCUUACCUUCUCAGUAAGCCUGCAAAGGCACACAUUGUCCGAGUCAAUACUUUUAGAUUCUGCAAGAUUUUUGUGGGAGAAGUGGGUUUGUGGUCCGAGUUUGCUUGUGUUUAGAUAGAAUAAUGUCUGAAAAGGUUUGGUGUGAGGUCGGAAAGAGUAGCUUUUC